AUGGGUGAAACAAAAGACGAUGACUACAUGCAACAAUUAGAGAAACAAAGAAAGGCAUUCGAAGCUCAAUUCGGAUCAUUAGAGUCGAUGGGGUUUGAGGAUAAGGUGAAAGAAGGUGUUGAGAAUUCUGACUCGAGCGAAUCUGACCACGAUGAGAGUGACAAUGAAACACAUUCGAGUUCUUCUGAAGAGAGCGAAGAAGAAGAAGAUGAUGCAGAAGAGGAAGAAACUGACCAUCCAGUACCUGUAUAUAAAGAAAAGAGUACAACCAAGGGACCACGUGUGAUAAAAUUCAGUGCACCAAGUGAUACAUAUAUUGAGCCAAGUAAACAAGAACAAAAAAUGAUUAGAAGUGGAAAAACGUUACGUCAAUUAUCUGUUGCUGAACAACGUAAACAGCUGUUAGAAGAACAAAAUAAAAAAAGUUCAAAAACUAAGGCAGAUGAUGAAGAUGAAGCUGAAAAUCUAGAAAACGAUAUUGAGUUACAACGAUUUCUUAAGGAAUCACAUCUUUUGAGUGUGUUCAACCAACAAGGAGGUGAUGGCACCAAUGACGUAACAAGUGGUGUGGAUUUAACAUUAAAGAGUAUGAAUGAUACAAAUGUUGUUUACCAAGAUGACCAGGUAUCCGGAAAGUCACGUAUGAGAACAUUAGAAAUGAGAUUAGGCCAACUAUCAGAAACUAAUGGUCAUAAUAACAAAAUAAACAAAUUGGAGAAAGUACCAAUGCAAAUUAGACGUGGGAUGAUCAAGAAACAUGUAGGGCGUAUCAAACAAUACGAACAAGACGCAGCUGACGGUGGUAUCAUCUUAUCAAAAGUGAAAAAGGGGCAAUUCAGGAAAAUUGAAGCUACUUAUAAGAAAGAUAUUGAAAGACGUAUUGGUCAAAGCAUUAAGAGUCAAGAUAAAGAGAGACAAACAAAGAGACAAAGAGGUCUUAAAAUCCAGUCUGUGGGUCGUAGUACUCGUAAUGGACUAAUUAUAUCUAAGGAUGACAUCAGCAGGAUUGGUGGUACCGUAGGUAACCACAAGAGAAAAUGGAACGCUAACAAGCCACAUAAAAGCCGUCGUUAA